ACCAAGCCGUUGCUUCCCUCUUCUUCGUAGUACUCGAACAAAGACACAGAGCGAGCGAGAAGCUACGGGGGGGAAAUGGCGGCCGAUCGGCAACUGAAAGCCGGGAAAUCCCGCCGAUCGACGCGAUCGUGACAGGUGCUCUUGAAUCCGCCGCCCGCGCGGGUGAUUCGCCGGGACGAUCGCCGUUCUCUGGUCGCUCAUCGGUGAACGAUAAUUUGUUGUGUAGCUUCGUACGUUGAAAUUCGUGUUUUUCGUGCUUGUUUCCGGCGGGCUAUUGGGAUAGGAGGUUGAGGAGUUUUAGGCUUUUAGCGUUUGAGGUGAUGGUUACUGAGAGUCCUAUGAAAAUGAUUUCUGAGAUGGGAAUGAGGCCGGGGAUACUUGGAGAGAAUCGCGGUGAGGGAUCGUUCGGUGACGAUUUGGGGAAGGAGUUGGAGUUUCUUCUGAAGGAGCAGCGGCGGCAGCAGGUGAGCGAGCGGGAGAGGGAGCUGAACCUUUUCCGGAGUGGAAGCGCGCCGCCGACCGUUGAGGGCUCGCUCGCGGCUGUCGGCGGGCUUUUUGGCGAGGGCGGUGGCCCCGCGCCUGUGGGGCUCGGCUCCGAUGAGGAGAUGAGGAACGAUCCGGCGUACCUCUCCUAUUACUUCUCGCACGUCAACCUGAACCCCAGACUGCCGCCUCCGGCACUGUCUAAGGAGGAUUGGCGGUUUGCGCAGAGGUUCCAGGCCGGUGCGGGCGGAAGCUCAGUGCUUGGCGGGAUUGGUGACCGGCGGAAGGGGAGCCAGGCUGCUGCCUCUGGGGGCGCACAGGCCGAUGGGGGAAGCAGGUCUUUGUUUUCGUUGCAACCAGGGUUCAAUUCGCAGGCGGAGGAGGCGAUGCAGCAGUCGGCUGAGUGGCUUGAGCAUGGGGGGGAUGGACUGAUCGGGUUGUCUGGAUUGGGUUUGGGAAGACAGAAAAGCUUCGCUGAUAUUCUGCAGGAAGACCUUGGCCGCUCUAGUCCUGCUCCAGGUCAUAUUUCUCGUCCAGCAAGUCGCAAUGCUUUUGGUGAUGGUGAUGAAGCCAAAUUUGUGCAUUUUCAUCAUGAAAUCACGUCUUUGGAAAAUCUGCAGCCUAGUACGACCAUGCAAGGAACAGGUGGAGCACCACACCUUGGUUCAUCAGCUUUUCCUUCUACUUUAGGUGCAUCAAUUCCACGAAGUGCGACUCCAGACCCCCAGCAUGUUUCAAACUCUAUCAAUGCCAGCCUUUCAGCUGUGGGGGGCCGGCUUGCUUCUUCUGAUAAGAUGACUGUUGGUGGCCCAAGUUCACUAAGUCACGUUCCUCCAAAUGUGACAGACUCUGACCUUGCAAACACUUUGUCAGGCAUGAGCCUAUCCAGAAAUGAUCUGGUUGAUGAGGAUCAUCUAUUGCAAUCACAACUUCAUCAGGAAAUUGAAGGCCAUUCAGAUAUCCUGUUUGAAUUGCAGAGUAGCCAUAGUAAUGGCAAGCACCAUCCAUACUUGAAAAGUACAGAAUCUCUGAAUCUCUCAGUUGCAUCUAAACCUAUAAAAGCUUCAUAUGCUGACUUGGCAAAAAACAAUGGAGCUGCAGGAGACCUAAACAAUUCUUCAAUUACUUCUGAUGGGCAAGUUGACAUGCCCAAACGGUCUGCUUCUUCUGGUAAUUCAUACAGGAAAAUGCCAAUUGCUGAUUCCAUUGCUAAUACCAUGGGGUCUCCUCAUUAUGAUACCAUGGAUCGGUCAAAUGAUGGAUUUGGAGGCUAUGGUUUGGGUGCAUAUGCUGUUGAUCCAUUAUUGUCGUCGAUGAUGACUAGUCAGCUUGCUGGUGGCAAUUUGCCUCCUUUAUAUGAUAGUACAUCAUCCAUAUUCGCCCCUGGAAUGGAUUCACAGGCAUUAGGUGGUGGAAUUUCCGCAGGUACAACUUUGAACAGGAUUCCAAGUAUGCAAAAUCCCAAUAGACUUGGAAGCCAUGCUGCAGCUGGUCUUCAGUUGCCUGUGGUAGAUCCUUUGUAUAUGCAAAGUUUGCAUAGGAACUCAGAAUAUGCUGCACAGGUUCCUGCCAAUUUUAAUGAUAGAAAUUUUAUGGGGAAUUCUUAUGUGGACUUAUUACAAAAAGCCUAUAUUGGGGCAUUGCUGGCACAAAAAUCACAGUAUAAUAUGCCAUUUUUAGGGAAGCCUGGUGGACUAAAUAACGGAUUUUGUGGCAAUCCUUCCUAUGGAGUUGGUAUGCCAUAUCCAGGGAGCAUGUUAGCUAAUUCUGUUAUUCCUGGUUCUCCUGGUGGACCAGGAAGCCCCCUCAGACAGAACGAAAGGAAUUUGCAUUUUCCUUCUGGUAUGAGGAGCUUGGGUGGUGGAGGUGUCAUGGGUUCAUGGCGCCCAGAUAGUGGAGGUAAUAUGGAGGAAAGUUUUGCAUCUUCCUUGUUGGAGGAAUUUAAAAGCAACAAGACAAGAUGUUUUGAGCUGUCAGAAAUUGCUGGCCAUGUUGUUGAGUUCAGUGCUGAUCAGUACGGGAGUAGGUUCAUUCAACAGAAAUUGGAAGCUGCCACUAUUGAGGAGAAAAACAUGGUCUUCCAAGAAAUAAUCCCUCAAGCCCUUUCUUUAAUGACAGAUGUGUUUGGAAAUUAUGUGAUCCAGAAGUUUUUUGAGCAUGGGACUGCAGCCCAGAGAAGGGAACUAGCUGACCAACUUACUGGUCAUGUUUUGACCCUAAGCCUUCAGAUGUAUGGCUGCAGAGUAAUUCAGAAGGCAAUUGAAGUGGUGGACUUGGACCAACAGACUAAAAUGGUUUCGGAACUUGAUGGCCAUGUCAUGCGAUGUGUUCGGGAUCAAAAUGGCAACCAUGUCAUCCAAAAGUGCAUUGAGUGCAUCCCUCAAGAUGCAAUUCAGUUUAUUAUUUCUUCAUUUUAUGAUCAAGUAGUAACAUUGUCAACACAUCCAUAUGGUUGCCGUGUCAUCCAGAGAGUUUUAGAGCACUGUGAUGAUCCCAAAACUCAGCGUAUCAUGAUGGAUGAGAUUAUGCAAUCUGUGUGCAUGCUAGCACAGGAUCAAUAUGGGAAUUAUGUUGUUCAGCAUGUUCUAGAGCAUGGGAAACUACAUGAACGAUCAGCUAUAAUAAAACAGUUAGCUGGACAAAUUGUUCAAAUGAGCCAACAGAAGUUUGCUUCUAAUGUGGUUGAGAAAUGUCUCACAUUUGGUGGGCCAGAAGAGCGUCAGAUUUUGGUCAAUGAGAUGCUUGGUUCAACUGAUGAAAAUGAGCCGUUGCAGGCAAUGAUGAAGGAUCAAUUUGCAAAUUAUGUUGUACAGAAAGUAUUAGAAACCUGUGAUGACCAGCAGCGUGAGCUUAUCCUCUCACGAAUUAAGGUUCAUUUAAAUGCUCUGAAGAAGUACACGUAUGGAAAGCAUAUUGUAGCACGUGUAGAGAAACUUGUAACUGCCGGAGAGAGGCGCAUUGGAGUGCAGGCUUCUAAUUCAUCUUAGGUGAGAUGGAUUGUGCAGGAUGUUGUACAGCUAACCCGAGGCUUGGAGAGUGUACAAGCUUGACUGGAAAUAAAGGUGUUUCCUUUGUACUGAAACUUGUACAUUGUGUAGUUUGAGUUGAGAGGGUUUGUUAUUGAAGAUGGUAGGAGUUGCUGAGAGGCCCAGAUGGUGAAUAUUUCACGUGCCCCUGCAAAAAAAGCAUUUGCAGCAGAGACGAUAAAAGAGACUGCAAAAUCUCUUUGUUGUACAAAGAAGUGAGGUGAUGUUAGGAGUAAAUUAAGGUAACUGUACAAAUGUCACCAUGUGGAGAGCCGUCACUGUUUUAGGUUCGCUAGGAAAUUUUCCAUAGAGAUAAUUUAUUUAUUCUUAUGAAUAUGAAUUAGCCUGAAUAUUUGAUGGUUAAUUUCAUGAGUUGAUUUCUGUA